CGGGAGCGGAGCUGGCUGCCCCGCGCCGCGCUGCCCCCGCGCCACCCCCCAUGCCCGGCGGGCGCGGCUGCCGCGGGCUGCGGGCGGGCGGGCGCGCUGCCUCCGCCACCACCACUGCCUCUGCCUCUGUAUGGCCCCGGGCGUUGCUAUGAGCGCGGCACAGAGCGGCGUCAAGCUGGAGGAGGCCCCUGCGUCUGCCUUCAACAAGCCCGGCGGCGGCGGCGGCGGCGGCGGCCCGGCGAGCGCGGCGGCGAUGGGCGGGGAGGAGGAGAGCGACAAGCCCAAAGUGCCCCCUUCCCUGCUGCCCUUCAGCGUGGAGGCGCUCAUGGCCGACCGGCGGCGGCCGGGGGGCCGGGACCCCGAGGUGGCGGUGCCGCUGGGCGCGGGCACGUCGGCGCAGCAGGCGCUCAGCCCCCGCCUGGGCUCCUUAGCGGCGGCGGAGGCGCCGGCUUCCCCGCUGCCCAUCAACAGCCAUUUUGCUGUCGGGGGACUCGUGCCGCUGCCCGACGAGGCGCUGGUCAAAGAGGAGAGCCCCGAGAAGCAGGAGCGGACGGCCUGGAUGCAGAGCCCGCGCUUCUCCCCGACGCCGCCUCGGCGGCUGAGCCCCCCGGCCUGCACCCUGCGCAAGCACAAGACCAACAGGAAGCCGCGGACGCCCUUCACCACGGCGCAGCUGCUGGCGCUGGAGCGCAAGUUCCGGCAGAAGCAGUACCUGUCCAUCGCCGAGCGCGCCGAGUUCUCCAGCUCGCUCAGCCUCACCGAGACGCAGGUGAAGAUCUGGUUCCAGAACCGGCGCGCCAAGGCCAAGAGACUGCAGGAGGCCGAGCUGGAGAAGCUGAAGAUGGCAGCCAAGCCCAUGCUGCCGCCCGCGGCCUUCGGCCUCUCCUUCCCCCUGGGCGGCCCGGCCGUGGCGGGCGCCUCGCUCUACGGCGCCUCCAGCCCCUUCCAGCGCGCGGCGCUGCCCGUGUCGCCCGUGGGACUGUACACGGCGCACGUGGGCUACAGCAUGUACCACCUCACCUAGGGCCGCGCCCGGCUCCCGGCCUCGGGGCUCGCUCCGGCCCGGCCCGGCGCUGCUGCCCCGCUCCAGGAGGGCCCCGGCUCGGGGCAGAGCAGCCCCCGGCGGGAGGGCGCCGCCCGCUGCUCUGCCCCGGCCCGGCCCGGCUCCUGUACCGUGUACUAUACUGUAUAUGUGAAAUUUUAUUAUCAUUUAUAUCAUAGCUAUAUUUGUUAAAUAAAUUAAUUUUAAGCUAC